UUCUUAUCAUGCGCACCCUCUUAACUCCCCAAACUUUUCCCUUCCAAACAAAUCAUGACAUAAUACUCUCAGGUUGUCACAGCUUUCACUUCUCAUGCCAUAAGCGUUAUUUUUCAGAGUUGAAUCAGCUACUUCUUUGUUUCCUGCUGAAGAUUUCGCCUGGACAUCAUCAUAUGAGGAAUGGAGUUUGUGGGCAAGACUUUGAAGAAACGAUUUCGAGGGUUUGGGACUUACUGUGGCGUUGUGGAAUCAUAUGACUCUUCUUCUGGGCUCUUCAGGAUUAUUUAUGAAGAUGGUGAUUCUGAGGAGAUGGAGCUUGGCGAGGUUGACUCAAUUUUGAAGGGAAUCGAUAUGGGUGAAGCUGAUGAGCCCGUAGAGAAGAAAAGGCGUGGGCGGAAGCCGAAGAAACGGCGUCGGAGAGAGGACGGAGAUGCUAUUCCUGAUGGUUCAGGUAAUUCUGCUGAUAGUUCAGUGAAUGAUUGUUGUUCUGGGGAGGGUUCUGAAGACAAUAUUAUUAAAGAUGAUAUGGGUUGUGGGGGGUUUUCAGGGAAGUUAGAGAAGGAAUGUGGGUUGGAUGGGAAUUUGAGGGAGAGUGCUUCUGCCAACGGGGUUUUAAGUGAAAGUGUUUGUUCUGAUGGGUUGAAUCCAAAUGUUUCAUCUAAUGAAAAUUUGAAGAAAAAUGUUUGUUCUGAUGAGAACUUGAAGGGAAAUGAUCCUAUUGAAUCUGCAGACGGAAUCCAGAAGGUAAGAUUUGCUUUUGAUUUGAAUAGUGGCUCUCAUGAAGAAACUGAGAUGGAUUUUGAUAGUAGCACUCAUGAAGAAACUAAAAUGGAGAAUAAUAUUUCUGGAGGAAAUAUGAAGAAUAUUACUUUUGGGACAACUGAAGAAACCCAGAUGAGGAAUUUUGAUGCUGAUGGGAAUCCAAAAGAAAUAACUUCAUUCGGAGCUGCUGAAGAAACCCAAAUGGAAGGUGGUAUUUCAAAUGGAAGUUCGAAGGAUGAAAUUUGUGGAGCUAUCAAAGAAACCCAAAUGAAGUAUGGUACUGGUUUUGGGGACCAAGUGAUGGGCAAUUCUUGUUUAGGGAUGGAUGAUAGUGUUCAGAAGGAAGAUGCUGGUUUUGGUGGGGAUUUGGAGAGGGAUGCUUUACCUAAAGGUUUAGAAUCCACCAUAGUGAAAGAGAAUACUUUUUCAAUGUUUCAAUUGGAGGACAGUUCUCAUACAGAUUUUGCAAAGAAGGGGAUUGGAAAUGAUUUGGGUUGUCCAAAUAAGGAAGAACGUAGGAAUAAAAGAAGGCGGCUUUCUGAAAAUUUUAAGUCUACUACCGAGACUGUGUUGAGACGGAGUACCCGCAGAGGAACAGCUGUUUUCUCUUCUACGAAUCAUGUCUUAAGCAUGGAGGUAUCCCAUGAAACUAAUGUCCCUGCGGUUAAUGGUGCAUUGGAUGGGAAACCUGUUGGUCCUGGUUGUGAUGGACUUGAAGAGUCAAGCUGUAUUCUGCCUAAGCUGGCACUGCCACCUUCGUCAAAAAACUUGAAUUUAGAUGAGAUUCCUAUCCUAGAUCUUUUCUCUGUUUACUCCUGUUUGAGGUCAUUCAGUGCCUUAUUAUUUCUGAGUCCCUUUGACUUGGAAGCUUUUGUAGCAGCAAUAAAAUGCAAAUUUGCGAAUUCUCUAAUUGAUUCCAUUCACCUUUCUAUCUUGCGCACUCUGAAACUGCAUUUGGAGUUUCUUUCUAGUGAGGGCUCUGAAUCUGCUUCUGCUUGCCUGAGGGAUCUUAACUGGGGUUUACUGGACCUAAUUACAUGGCCUGUUUUUCUGGUUGAGUACCUACUGAUUUUUGGUUCAGGAUUAAAACCUGAUUUUGAUCUUUGUCAAUUGAAGCUCUUAGAUGGUGACUACUAUAAACAGCCUGCAGCUGUAAAGAUUGAGAUACUUAGGUGUUUAUGUGAUAAUGUCAUAGAGGCAGAGACCUUUAGGUUGGAGCUUAAUAGAAGAACUCUGUCAUCUCAGCUUGAUAUAGAUAUUGACAGGAUUGUAAGUUUUGAGGUUUACAAGAAAAGGAAGGACCCAAUGGAUAGUUUAGGUGGUUCUUGCUUGACUCAGGAGAUGGUUGAUGACACCAAUGACUGGAAUAGUGAUGAAUGCUGUCUUUGUAAGAUGGAUGGAAGCUUAAUAUGCUGUGAUGGUUGCCCUGCUGCUUAUCAUUCAAGAUGUGUAGGAAUUGCAAAGGAUCUUCUGCCAGAGGGUGAGUGGUACUGCCCUGAGUGUGUGGUAGGCAAACGCGAUCUCCAGAGAAAGUCACCAAGAUCUCUCCGUGGAGCAGAACUUCUGGGAGUUGAUUCUUAUGGACGGGUGUAUUUUGGCAGCUGUGGCUACCUGCUGGUGUCUGAUUCAUGUGACAUGGACUGUUCAUACUAUUAUUACCACAGGAAUGAUUUGGAGGCCGUUAUUGAAGUCCUCAAGUCGUCAGAAAAUCUUUAUAGUGAAAUAAUAAGAGCAAUCUCCAUGCAUUGGGACAUAUCUGUCGUUCUAAGUGGAGUUCAAGGUCACUCAGACUUGCAAACUCUUGCUGUAUGUACAGAUGUGGUUAUGGAGGAGGCUCAAGUCUCUGCCCUCCAUUUUUCCUCAACUAUGCCUGUUUCAGAGAUCAAAGAAGUUAAGAAAGAGGCUAUUGAUGAAUGGAAGACAAAUGGAAAUGGCAUUACUACUCAAGGCUUUGGUCAGCACAUUUUGGAGUCUGUUAGCCGGAUUGAUUCAGUGACCAUGAACCAGUUUACAGAGAUGGCAAAUCCAUUUGCAAGCUCAGAGGACUCUGCAGAUAUUUCAGAAGCUGCUGCAGGCAUUCAGGUGUCUCAUAAUGCUAAAUUAGAUUGCUCUGAUAAAUCUGUUUCAACUACAGUUGGAUCUGAAAUCCCUGAAAAUCUCCACUUUGAUAUUGGAACACAUGCAUUGCAACAUGUUGGCCAUAAUAAACAAGAGACCAAUUUGGAAUCUACAGUUCCUGGAUGUACGUCAUACCUAAUUAAUCCAAGAGAAGGGAUGGUAGCUCAAAUGUGGUUUGAACCUGGUUGUUAUGUUAACUAUUACAGUUUUGCUCAGAUAUCAGCAUCUGUUGCUGAAGAGCUAAUGCAUAAGCCAGCAGACAACAUAAAUGAUGACCCUAAAAGAUUUGCUGAGGAAAUGAUAUCUGCACAGUUAAAGAUCAUUUCUAAAAAGGCUUCAAAAUUUUGUUGGUCAAAUAUUGAGCGAUUAUAUAUAAAUGAACAGAAAGAAAAUUGUGGGUGGUGCUUCUCUUGCAAAAAUUCCUCUGAAAGUGGGAACUGCUUAUUUAACAUGAAUGCUCCUGAAAGUCAUAAAAGUGAGGCAGUUGCUCUUUGUUCUAAGAGAAGUAGGAAAAGCCAUCUAACUGAUGUCAUAUGUCAAAUUCUCUCCAUUGAAGAACGCUUGCGUGGACUUCUAUCAGGUCCAUGGCAGAAUCCGCAUCAUAUUAAGCUGUGGCGUAAAAGUGUUCUUAAAGCAUGCAAUGUUGCAUCACUGAAACAUCUGUUGCUCACUUUGGAGUCAAAUUUGCGGCAGAUAGCACUUUCAGCAGAGUGGUGGAAACUGGUGGAUUCUGUUGCUACAAUGGGAUCAGCUUCACAUGUCUUGGCAACUUCAGUUAAUUUGUCCCUGAAGCAAGGGAUCAGCAGAAAACGAGCCAGACUUCUAGAUGGUAAUUCCAACUCUUAUUCCAUUGCUGCUGCCAAAUCAGAUUUCUGGUGGAGGGGUGGAAAGCUUUCACGCCAAGCUUUCAGAUGGAAGGUCUUGCCUCACUCCUUGGCUUCCAAGGGAGGUCGACAAGCUGGCUGUAAGAAGAUAGCGGGAAUACAUUAUGCUGAUGGUUCAGAGUUAGCUAAGCGAAGUAGAUAUAUUGCUUGGCGGGCUGCUCUUGAGAUGUCGACAAGUGUCCCACAGCUUGCUUUGCUGGUUAGAGAGCUUGACUUGUAUAUUAAAUGGGAUGAGCUUGAGAACAAUCAAAUUCUUUCUCAGUUGUCCAAGGAAUAUAUAAAAUUAAUGAGGUCAUUCAAGAAGGUGACUAUACGCAGGAAGUGCAUGGAAGGAUCACAGGUGAAAUAUCUUCUGGAUUUUGGCAAGAGGAAAACUAUUCCUGAAACUGUUGUCAGGCAUGGAACCAUGCUUGAAAUAUCCUCUAGUGAAAGGAAGAAAUAUUGGCUAGAUGAGUCUCAUGUUCCUUUGAAUCUCUUGAGGGCUUUUGAAGAAAGAAAACUAGUUCGAAUGGCCAAUAAGAAGAGUCCAGAAAAAUUCUCUGAUGAGGGUGGCAGAGUAACGAAACCCUCCAAAAAGAGGGGACUUUCAUACCUUCUAUCGAAAGGUGAAAUUCCUGAGAACUACUUGUGUGGGCACUGUAACAAAGACCUACCAGUCAGGGAAGCUGUAAAUUGCCAAUGCUGCAAAGGAUAUUUCCAUAAAAGGCAUGUCAGGAAGUCUGAUGAGUCCACCGAUUGUAUGUAUACGUGCCACAAGUGUCAGGAUGGGAAAGUGAAACAUACUAAGAUUAAAAUGGAGAAGGGGAAAAAGCGACCACGAAAGAGUAAAAAGGCCCCAAAAGAUGGACUGCUGGUACAGUCACAAGACAGUAAGAACGCCACCACAGAGGGGCGGUUGCUGCGACCACGAAUCUGUAAGAAAGUUACCACAGAUGCAAGGCCAGUACGAUCUCAAAACAGUAGAAAAGCCUUCAAUGGAUCUCCUGUAGAUUCACAUAAUAGUAAAAAGGCCUUGACAGACAGACGGUCAGUGCGGUCAGGAAAAAGCAAAAAAGUCUUGAGAGUUGGACGGCCAAAACGUGCAGUUAAGAAAGUGAAAUUUGCAUCAUUGCAAAAUAAAAGGCUCGUUGGACGCAAGAAAGGGAAACGUGUCCAAUCUCUAAAUGGGAUAUCCAAUAAAUCUGGGAAAGGAGUAUGUUGGCACAAGAGGAAGAGAACAAAGGUUUAUCAUACCUACUGGAUAAAUGGUCUUCGGUUAUCUCGUAAAGUGAAUGAUGAACGUGCAACUCCUUUUAAAGAAAGAAAACUUAUUCUUCCAUCCCAAAUCUCAAGUAUUGGCAAUAUGCAAUACAAAUGCUGUCUUUGUAGUGAAGGAGGAUAUACAUCCACAAUAGUCUAUAUUGGUUGUGAAAGCUGUGAAGAUUGGUUUCAUGGAGAUGCCUUUGGGCUUACUGGUGAAAAACUUGGCAGUAUUCUUGGAUUCAGGUGCCACAGAUGCCGUCAUAGGAAUCCACCUUUGUGCCCGCAUUUGCAAGAAGCAAUGGUUCAAAUACAUGAGGGUAGAAAAGAUGCAGAGAUGCAACAUGAAAAGUCUCCGGGUUUGUUACAUAUGCAAGUAUCUAUUCAUGAGCGGAAAACAGAUGCAAUUGCAAAUUCUGAUCAGAUUAUUGUGAUGGAUUGUUCGAGGGAAUCAAAAGAAGGGGAUGCAUUUGACAAAAAUGACCAGAAAGAAGAUGGAAUUCCAGAUUCUAAUGAUAUGGAGCAGAAAGCAGAUGCAGACCCAGAUUCUAAUGAGACUCUUGUUUUGGAGUGUAAAACUGAAUCAGAAAAGACAGAUAUCAUUUCUGAUGAAGUUCUUGUCAAAGAAGGGCACCCAUCUUGCGAAUUUGGCGAGAAUGUAAUAGAAAAAGAAGGGGAGUUGUUAGGAAAUAAUAAGAUGGAAGCAGUUUUUGUGGACAUGACAGCCACCACAGAGAUGAUGCUGGUGGCUGGAACACUAGGUCACUCCAUUGAGUUGCAAGAGCAGAAAGCAGAUGUUGUUACAGAUUCUAAUCGAACUCUGUUAUGGGAGUGUGAAGUUCAAACAGAAAAGCAAUGUAUUGUUUCUGAUGAAUUGCUUGUUAGAGAAGGUUAUCCAUCUUGCAAAUCUGAUGAGAUUGUAAUAGAAACAGUAGGGGCAUCUUCAGGAAAAAAUGAGAUGGAAGAUGUUUCAACAGAGAUGGUAGACAGCCAAGAAAAAAUACUGGUUGCUGGAACACCUGGUGACUAUAGUGAAUUGGACAAUGCAACAGCUCUGUCAUCCAUUGAACCAUUAGAUACCAGGGAAAACAAAGUGUAGAUUGAUUUUUUAUUCUUAGUUAUUCACAAUUUAUCCUGAUGUUGUUGUGUCAGCUGCCAUACCCUUGAACCAAUGUGUAUAUCUAAAGUUGUUGACAAUUCAAGGAAGCAGAAACAGAGCUUUCUAAUUCUGAUUCAUUUGAAAAUUACAAAAAUUGGAGAGUUUGACAAUUAAAAAUCAUUCUUCUUUUAGGUGAUGGAUUUAUAGAAAGGAGGCCCUUCUUAUAUUUUUUUGGUCAGCAUGUAAGUUAAGGUGUUGGUGCAAAAUGGCUUUCCAUUUGCUGCUUAGUGCACCUGUCCUUGUUUGGUGCACUGGUCACAUGAUAUUUUGUUGUUGGGAGCCAGCUGGGAGGUGAUUUAGGCCUUUUCAUUGAUCUAUGUUUACUGACCUUACCGAUUAUGUUUCUCAGCCAUGCAGUGCUGUAAGAAUUUCUAAUAAAAAAGAGAGAAGUUUUUAUU